AAGCUUUCCAGUGCGCAUGAGCAACUAGAAGCGGCGAGGCGGGAAGUGUUGCGCAGGCGCGUUUGGCAGACUGGCUAAGUGGGGAGCUCUUGGAGGCGGCGACCCAGGCAUCUGGGGAGCCACAGAAGUCGUAUUCCCUUAAACCUAUUCUAAUUUCCACAGCUGCUCUGCUGCCCCUCUGGACAUGACCCCUUAGCUGGCAUUUUGCAUCCCACUUGUUUUGUGAUGGAGGCGUCUUUGGGGAUUCAGAUGGAUGACCCGCUGGCUUUUUCUCCCCUGCGUGACCGGUUUCAGGCGGAUGGCUCGUUAAAAAAACAUGAGCAGAAUUUUAAACUACCAGGCAUUAAAAAAGAUAUUGAGAAGCUUUAUGAAGCUGUACCACAGCUUGGCAGUGUGUUUAAGAUUAAGGACAAAAUUGGAGAAGGCACUUUCAGCUCUGUUUAUUUGGCUACAGCACAGUUACAAGUAGGACCUGAAGAGAAAAUUGCUCUAAAACACUUAAUUCCAACAAGUCAUCCUAUAAGAAUUGCAGCUGAACUUCAGUGCCUAACAGUGGCUGGGGGGCAAGACAAUGUCAUGGGAGUUAAAUACUGCUUUAGGAAAAAUGAUCAUGUGGUUAUUGCUAUGCCAUAUCUGGAGCAUGAGUCCUUUUUGGACAUUUUGAAUUCUCUUUCCUUUCAAGAAGUACGUGAAUAUAUGUUUAAUCUGUUCAAAGCUUUGAAACGCAUUCAUCAGUUUGGUAUUGUUCACCGUGAUGUUAAGCCCAGCAAUUUUUUAUAUAAUAGGCGUCUGAAAAAGUAUGCCUUGGUAGACUUUGGUUUGGCCCAGGGAACCCAUGAUACAAAAAUAGAGCUGCUCAAAUUUGUCCAAUCGGAAGCUCAGCAAGAAAGUUGUUUACAAAAUAAAUCCCACGUGAUCACAGGAAACAAGAUUUCAUUGAGUGGCCUAGCAGCACCUAAGGAGCUGGAUCAGCAGCCCACCACAAAAACUUCUGUUAAAAGGCCCUACACAAAUGCGCAAAUUCAGAUUAAACAUGGAAAAGAUGGAAAGGAGGGAUCUGUAGGCCUUUCUGUCCAGCGCUCUGUUUUUGGAGAAAGAAAUUUCAAUAUACACAGCUCCAUUUCACAUGAGAGCCCUGCAGUGAAACUUAUGAAGCAGUCAAAGACUGUGGAUGUACUCUCUAGAAAGUUAGCAACAAAAAAGAAGGCUGUUUCUACAAAAGUUAUGAAUAGUGGUGUGAUGAGGAAAACUGCCAGUUCUUGCCCAGCUAGCCUGACCUGUGACUGUUAUGCAACAGAUAAAGUUUGCAGUAUUUGCCUUUCAAGGCGGCAACAGGUUGCCCCUCGGGCAGGUACACCGGGAUUCAGAGCACCAGAGGUCUUGACAAAGUGCCCCAAUCAGACUACAGCAAUUGACAUGUGGUCUGCAGGUGUGAUAUUCCUUUCUUUGCUUAGUGGACGAUAUCCAUUUUAUAAAGCAAGUGAUGAUUUAACUGCUUUGGCUCAAAUUAUGACAAUUCGUGGAUCCAGGGAAACUAUCCAGGCUGCUAAAACUUUUGGCAAAUCAAUAUUAUGUAGCAAAGAAGUCCCUGCACAAGACUUGAGAAAACUCUGUGAGAAGCUCAGAGGUAUAGAUUCUAAGACUUCCAAAUUAACCAGUGAUAUACAGGGGCCUGCUUCUCAUGACCCAACUGUUUCAGAGAAGACUGACCAUAAAGCUUCUCACCUUAUACAAACACCUCAAGCACAGCCCUCAGGGACUUCAGUGUGUAAAGGGGACAGUAAUGGUUGUGGGGGUCAUUUUGAUGUGUGUUCUACCAACUUAGAGGGCUGGGAUGAGGUGCCUGAUGAAGCUUAUGACCUACUUGAUAAACUUCUUGAUCUAAAUCCAGCGUCAAGAAUAACAGCAGGAGAAGCUUUGUUGCAUCCUUUUUUUAAAGAUAUGAGUUUGUGAUCCUCCUUCAUUUAACAUUUGCUAUUGUGUAUUGUAAGGUGCAGUGAAAAAGAGUUCUUUGUAAUAUCUGUAAGUUCUUGAUUAGAGACCAGGGCAGGAACAAUAAUUUAUUUUAAAAUUUUAGUGUUUACUCUGUUGGCAGAUUCUGAAAUAUGGAUUAAGAUUACUUAAAAUGCCGGGGAUAGUUCUUUGGAUUAACAACAUGAUCUUUGAUUAGAUCUACCCAAGUAUAAGCAGAUCUGUAGUGUCCCUAAUUACUUGUCACUGCCAUAUGCAGAAAAAGGAACAGUUUUAGCCUAGUACACAGGAGUUGGAGAUGCAAGUUUUAUAAUUAAGGCAUGUGAUAGGGAUUAAAUGAGUCAAAAGACUUAGUUUAUUGGUUUCUUCAAGCUGUGAGCUAUGUGUACUUUUGGAAAACUCAACCUGGUGCUGGUGCUCUAACCAUUCUGUAGGUAAAGUAGAUAAUUUCCUCUUCUGGAAGCAUAUAUCAUACCUUUGAUUUUAUUUCUUUCGUACCUUUUAUGAACACUAAACCAAUUAAUGAGAAAAUGUUGGCGGGAAGUAUCACUUAAAAUUGAAUAUAUUUAUCCAUUUGUAAAAGUAUUUUGUGAAAGCAUUUUUUGUGUGAAUUGCUUUGAUUUUCUUAAUGGUUUCUCUCCUGAGUUUUCUGCCUUCUCUACCCCAACCUAACACAUUUCCUUGGAAAUUAUAUGGUGCUUUCCACGAAGUUUUUGGUCACUUUGUUAAAUAUUGCAUGUGUUUACAGUUGGGAACUUAAUGUGUACACUGGUUGAUAAAGGGAAGCCGCAGGACCAAUGUGAGGAUUGAUAGUCCAAAAUCUUUUUCUUUUGCUUUGAAUAUGUUUCUUUUUUCACAUCAUCUUAGGUGUAAUUAGGUAACUGCCGAAAGGAAAAGUGAACACAGAAUUGAGAACAUUAUUGGAGAUAUUUCCUCUGCUUAGAGCCAUUCAGAUCUCUGUAUCCUGUUUUGACUAAGUUGGUCCUGCUAAGAGAAGGAUGAUUGCUGGAGUCUUGGGUGGGUUGGGAAGAGAGAGAAUGAAGUAGGCAAAAUAGAAAAGGACCGAAAAUAGAGGUUUAUAUAUUACUACAUUUCAAAAUGAUAAAUAUCAGUGACAGCAUAUCAAACUUCCUAUGGGAAAUAAGUCUGGGGGUGUGGAUCUGCUGAGAAGUUUCCCAUUUAGUAGAUAUAGAGUAUAGAAACAGCUUAGGGACAUAUAACAUUCAUUUUGUUAUUUUGAGCAUUGAAGUCAGUAUGUCUACCUACUGUGUUUGGUAAGUAUAGUAUAUGUAUAAACCAUUACCAUUGAUCUGCUCUGUCUUCUCAUGCUGUAAUCUUAAAAAAAAAUUUGAAUGUUCUUGAAUUUUUAUGUUUAAUAAAGUUCUUUUAUAUUUUUUA